AGAGGCUUCAAAGGCUCUGGUGAGCCCGAUGGCUGCGGAGAUGGAUGGCGGUGGGGCUGCAGCUGCACAGCACGGGGGGGGUCCAUCCUUCCUUCUUCCUCCUAUAGCUCCGGGAUCCGUGGGAAUGGGGGCUCCUUCAGCAGCCUGGUGUUUGUUUGGCAUGUUUUCCCACCUGCAUCCCGGUUGUCCCAGCUCGUGGCCGGGUUUAGCCCCUUUUGUUUCGUCUCUCUCCCCAGGAAGGAAGAGUCCUGUGCAGGCAGUGGUGGCAAAAGGAGUGAAUGGGUGGUUGCUUUUCAAAGCCGGUCUCUAGUGGGUGUUGUGUUUGGAAAGGGGCCCUGCUGCCACCCGUGUGCCCAGAGCCGGGGAAAACGUCACCGUGCUGAGCACGGGAGAUAAGGCACGAGCAAACAGUGUUGUGCAGGGAGAUGGAGGAGGCAACGCUGGGCAUCACCCACGGCAUCGGGCAUGGCCUCCUUGGGGCACCCAGCCCCGUGCCCCUCUGAACCCCAUCUCCCUGUGUUCACAGGUCUGCAUUGACUCCCAUCCUUGGUCUAUAUUUGUCUUCAUCCUUUAAAAACUCUUUGGAAGGGCAGCCUGUGGCUCCUUGCCAUCAGCCUGGGCCACCUCCUGCCUUUUCCCUGCUUGGGUAAAAGAGUUGGGGGGAAAAAAGGGCCAAUUAUGGGGAAGGGGUUGAGCGUGGGCUCUGGUGGGUCUGCUCUGGGUCACGCUGCCUUCCCUUGGGGGUGCCUGGGCAGCAUCUUGCCCAUCUCACAGGAGAUCCCUGGUGUUGCAGGUGGGAUUUCCAUCCUUUGGGUACUUCCCAGUGACUCAGCCCAGGCCAGGGGGCUCCGCUUCCCCUUCCUGACGGCUGCAGAGGCUGUUUUGGCUGCCUGACCCAGAAACGCGGGACAAUUCAGAUGCCGACAGCUUGGAGGCAGACAUGGAGGGCAGCCCCGAGCCAUGGGACAGUGUGUGCUCGGUUGCCGGUGGCACAUGGGUGCUGUAAUGGGAACGGUGCUCCCCAGGGCUGUACUCAGGCAGGGAGGAGGGGAUGUGACAAGGACACUGCUGGUGCAGUUAUCCUGUCCUCUGACUGGGGCCAGGGAUGUGCUGGGGGUAUGGAGCUGGUUGCAGGCAGGAGGGAGCUGGUGGAUAAAGGUUUUCUGAGUGGCAGCAACCUGUACGAAAAGCCAGUCGGCCCAGUGGGUUUGGGGAUGCUGUGUGCGCGCUGCCGGCACUGCCUGGUUUUCUACCGUGUGAGAGAGUAGCUGCUUUUAGGUGACAACAUCAUCGUGCUCUUCCUCAUCCUCAUUCCCCCACAGGGCUGCUGGCUCUGAAGAUCUCAGCAACAACCUACAAAGGGGUCGCAGCAUCAUCCCUGUCUAGGACAAAUGGGUCCCCAUGGACCACAACAGCAUCACCAGCAUCACUCCUGCCACCUCUCUAUUGGGAUCCUGGUGCCGCAAGAAGGCUUCCCUGGGAAGGGGGGAGCCAAUUAUUGGAUCUCAGCAGCAUCCCCCCGCAGAAGAUGCUUUCCAGUCAGUCUGGAGCAUGUGGCAGCACGCUCCUGCCGGCUGAAAACCAUCUUCCAUGCGGCAUCGCCCCGGCAAGAGUUAAAAGAGGGGCUGGGUGCCGUGCGUGUGUGUGUGCAUGCACGCGCCCUGCUUUGUUUUUAAAAGCGCCUCGGCUGGCCUGGCCCCCCGCCAGACCCGAGGCCUGCCGCUGGCAAAAGCUCCGGCAAAGGAGUAUGAAAAGGGGCAGAAACUAAAUAACGAUAAACCACCUUUUUCAGGCUGCUUUAACAAGCGGGGGGAUGUGGGGAGGAGCUGCAACUACCUGAACUUCCCUCGAAUCCCACCCUGGCUCCCCUGAAAAAUUGUGCCUGGGAUGGAGAGGGAGGGACCUGCUUGAACCUUGGGGCUGUAACAUCUCCUGGGCCUUGCUGAGGUGUCCCGGUGAGUCACAGACCUGUCUGGAGAUGCCCAGGCUGCCUGGAAAUGGCUCUGCUGGGAUGAUCUUUACCCUCCCGGGAAAGGUCUGUGCGUCCUCACCCAUCCUGUGCUCUGUGGGAUGCCCGAGGCUGUGGCAGCCUGUGCCUGGGUGGGUGCGCAGGCACCCUGAGCCCUUUGCAGCCCUGGAGAGAAUGGCUGGAGCUGCAACUGGGCGCAGCUUCGAUGGCGAGAUAAGGGAGCAGGGAAACCUGUGCACACAGCGGGUAUACAGCUCCUGCAGCAUCCCAGGCCUGGUGCAACAUGUCCGGCUGCGCUUCCACCAAGCCCUGCCAGCGCCAGCACCACUCCAUCGCCAGGCUCCAGCCAAGGCUGUGCCGAGAGCCGGCAGCACCUGGCACUGCUGCCGUGCCCGGACCCCCGCCCCGGUCUCCCCCGGGUGCCGUCCCAGGAGCUGGAGCCCUUGUUGGCUGUGCCACAAGGGCUGAAAACUCCCAAGGUUUUGUAACGCUGCCCACGGCCGCAGGCACAGCCGGUUAGGUGAGGUGCCCUGUCUGCUCGUGCAGGGAGUCAGUGAACGUGGCGAGGAUGUCGGUUGCCUGGCACAGAGGUGCCACCAGCAGCAAGGCUGCCUUGGGCUCUCCCACCUGCUUUGUAGGUGCCUUUUGUCCCCUUGGAGCAUCAGUUCCAGGGUCUGGCUGGCUCUCAGCCCUCGCUCCCCCCACCUUGGGGCAUCGGCUUGUUUCUCUGCCAGGCUGGGCAGGGAUAAACCUGAAGGGGGUUUUCCAGUUGGAGCCAAAUUAGGUACAAGCAGCAAGAGGAAGACUGUGGAUUGGGAAAGUGUCUUCUCUUGCUGGGCAGGACACUCAACUCACAGCCUGUGCGUCCCCUUGGGGACCUCUGUGUCCCUGCCACAGCAAGGCCAUGUGAGCACAGUUACCAAAAGGGACCAGAGUUCUUCCCGGCAGCUAAUCAUUGUCCUUGGGGGGACAUGGGUGCACGGUGAGCCCAGCCAGCAGUGUGGGGACUGGUGCACGGCCACAGCAGUGAGGGUUGCUCUGGGCUGCUCUGGUUGGCCUAAAGCACUCAGGUUUGGAUUUGUUGGGCUGAGAGGGGUGGGAAGGGCUGCAUGAGCCCUCCUGUCUUCCUUGAAUGAGCACUCUAUAAUCCUGAUGGGUUAAAAAGAGGGAAAAUGCUCCUCCUUGCAGGAAAAAAGGCUCCUGCACAGACAGAGGAGCCGGCUCUGACCCUGCUCUGUGGCCAAACCCCGAGGGCUGCUCAAACCUUGAGGGAAUCCUCAGCUUCCCCCUCGGCGGUGCUGGGGCACGGGCUCCCUGUCUCAGAGCAUCUGUCCCACUGGUUAUAUUUAGCAGCACAUGCUGGGCUGCACAUGGACACCCUGGAGCUGCUUCUCUGUUCCCUCCACCCCAAACCUGGUGGGGACAUGGCAGGGUCCAGCUCUAAGCCCCCAAAGUCACGACUCCGUCCCGCUGCAGCCUGCUGCGAAUGCCUGUGGCUUCACCAGGCCAAAUUUGAACCAGGUGUUGGUGUCACCCAUGAGCGUUGUCCCAGAUAAACAUCUCCUGGGAGCAGUGUAGGUGGGUGCUUUUGCUCAGCCCCACCUGGGGACAACCUGGGCACUGGGGCAGGGACCAGCAUGUGCCUGUCAGCACCAUGAGCCCUCACACGUGCCUGACCAUGUGCUUGCAAAGCUGGCGCCUCGUCGGCGGAGACAGGACACACAGCGUCCAGGGCUGGUUCGCUUUCUCAGCAACAUUGGCACGGCUUGGAAAGCUGUUUGCCAGCAGGGCCUGGAGAUGAGGCAACCCACUCUGAUUCCCUGGCCAGGGGUGCCGUGGGUGGCAUGGUGUAAGAAGGGGUGUUUUUGCCUAGGAAAAGGAGCCGAGGGAGGGAGGGGAACCCUGUGAACGCCCCUCUUUCUCCCCACCACUGCCCCAGGAUGCUGCGAGGCGGCAGGCGGGGGUUUCUGUGCUCGGCUCCCACGUCCCAUCCCCACCGCCAACUCGGGCUUGCCGGGGCCGUUCCCGACACGCACCCGCCAUGCUGGAAAGGCGUAAACAGAUCGGGUUGCCGGCAGGGGUCCAGGGAGCGGGCAGGCCUUGGCUUGUGUCCCACCACCGCUCCGUUGGGCUGGGGUGUGGGGAAUGCUGAGGCGGGAUGGAGGGGGCUGACCUGGCCGUGGGGUCCCCAUAGGUGGCAGGGUCCCUGUGGGAAGCUGGGCACAAUCUUGGUUUGAUGAGGGGCCAGGGAUGCUGCCCUUGCCUCAGUUUACCUCUGGGGCUGAGGUGCUCAUUAGGGGUUCAGAGGUGCUGCCCCCAACUGCCUUCCCCGUCCCCACGUGGGAAACUGCUGACCAGAGCACAGCCUGUGGACUGGGGGUCCUCAGACCCAACCCUGCUUUAUCCAUCACAGUUAUAUUCUGAUGCCUUUGACCUUGCAGUAAAUCAGCCCUUGUCCUACUCGCAGUAUGUGGGGGGACAGGGCUGCUCUGUGUCGCCCUUGUCCCCAGCUGGUCCCUGAGCAGCUGCCGUCCGGCUUCGGCGUGCGGGCUGGGUCAUGGAAGGAACCCGCUGCGCUCCCUCCCAGCCCUAGAGCAGCUGGGACAAGGGGAGGGGGACAGGAACGUGGCGCCCAGAAUAACUCAGUAGCUGCCGAGGCUGCCAUGGGGGCAGAGAGACAGGCAUGGAGUCCUGGUGUGAGUUUUUGCUUCCACCACAGGGAUGGGAGAUGCCGCUUCAGGGAUGUACAACAUCACUGGCUACUAAGGGCGUUUAUCGGUGAUUUCUGCUGCCCUUUGGGGACAGGCAGUGUGGCACAGGGCAUCAUGGUCAUGUAGCUGUCGUGUCCCUCUCCUGUUCCCCACAGAUGGGGUCUUGUUGCAGACCAGGGUCCUGGGGGAAUCCUUUGCUGCUGCAGCUGGGUGAAAACAUCCCACUCCAGUCACGGUGCAAGAAAAGUGCUGUCGGCCAGAUGCUCUGCAGAUUUUGGCGAUGGCUUCUCCCACCUUGUGGCAUUGCCCAGCAAGCCAGGAACCCGGGCGGGCAGCCGGGGAGUCUGACCUGGCUGGCAGAGAGUCCUGGCGCUGGGCACAGGCAGGGCCGCGCUGCCCUCCCCGGUCUUGGCAGGGGGAGGAGAGAGCAGUGGCGGGUCUGUCUCAGGCUGCUUGUCCUAGGCUGGUGGGAGCUGGACCUGUACCAGCUGGGGACAGACCUGUCACACUGCCCUGCCCACUGGUGGCAGCAUGGAGCGGACAGGCUGUCCUGCUCACAACCUCGUACAGGGGAUGGGAGAGACGGGUGCCCUCUGCACCUUUGAUAUCACCAGAGAGGGGCUUUGGAGAGGGAUCUCUUACAGCCUGGGAGCGCCGAGCAGCCACUGCCAGGUGAGAUCCUGUUGCUCUUUCCUAUCGUAGAUGCCACGAAUGGCUGCAGUGAUAUGGCAUAAGUGGGAACCAGCUCCGCAUAUCACCUGUCCAGCAUCCCUUGGGAUGAGCAGGAGCCAGAGACCACGUGUCAGGUCUGUCCAGGAGGGAAGGAAAAAGUUUACUCAAGCUACUCGGAUCCAGGUUGACAUUCAGAUGGAACUGGAUAGUCCAUGCAUUGUUUGCUGGAAGACAGCUCUAGGAGGCAAAGAGCCUCUCGUUUGGGUUUGGAAAUAGAGGGUAUAGGCAACAGCCCCCCAGGAGCAGGAAUCCUUGGUUCGCAGGGAGGAAAACUCAGUCCCUAGGCAGCGUCUGCCCCCAUCCCUGCAGUGACCAGGCUGUGUGUCCCAGGGACCCUGCUGGCUCGUCCCUGAGCGGGGCUGGCAGCAGCACCGGCUCUCAGGGUCAGAGUUGAGGAAAGGCAUCUGCAAGGUAUUUUUAACCGCGUGAGACUCCAGACCCUGGCUGCGCAGCCGCCAGCAGCGGUUUGAGGUUAGUUCUUGGCUGCCGAUGGUUGAUCACCCGCGGGCUGGUGGCGGAGGAGGGGGCUUUUGGGAUAAUUCAGUUCCCGGCUGCUGGGGCCUCAGGAAGGAAUGACAGCACUUGAACCAUCGACCCUCUGGGUGACCUCCCGGUGCCUCCCUUCCCAUCCUGUGUGUGCCUUGCCUAGAUUAGAGCAUCCAGGGUGGGGAUAGCCAACUCCAGGCGCACAGCAGCUUCCCUGGGACCAAAGGGGCAGGAUGUCACAGGAUUUCCAGCAAUUGCGUCAUCAUGUGCUUCAGGUAUCAGCUCCGCUGGCCGGAGCAGCUCCCAGAUGCUGGCUGUCAUGUGUGGGUACCAGGCUGGCAGUGAUGGGUUCAGAAUGCUGUAGGGCCAUGGCAGCCCCGUACCCUGGACCCAGCCUGGCUCUGCCACCCCUUGGAGCUGUGAUUUGCUGCAUCCACCCAAGCUACAGCACAGGGCUGGAUCCUUGUUUCACUCCCUUGAGCUUGCAGCUCUUGGCUGCUCUACUUUUUAUCUAGGGCUCAUUGUUAGAACCAUAAAAUGAAUAGCUAUGUGCUCCUCUUGAGCGUCAAAACCCUCCAGGUGUAGGUGGGUUGUUGCGUCCCUGCUCACCCUCCCUAAUUAACUGUUGCUCAGCAAAUCCAGACUUACUGACCUGCCCUAAUCUUUCCGUGCGAGGCAAGUCCUUUGGCUGCCAGCUCCUGCCGCUCACCUCUCACGUCCCCACAAGCCUCUCAUGUUCCCUGUGAGCCCUUAUCAUGUUCACAGCCCUGGGCACGAUGAAAGAUGGUACCCUGGGAAGCGACAGGGCUGCCAAGGUUAUUUUCCUCACUGGCAGCUCCCUCCGUGCCCGUGCUCACACUGCUCUCGCCGUCUCCCCGCAUCCUGCUUCCCCUCUUUCUUCCUCCCAUUGACCGUCUGCUGGUCAGAUUAUUUUUGCCCAGAUGCCACAGCCUGUAAUUUUCCCAGGUUGAAUCUGCCUGGGUUUGUUGUCCUAAUCUCCCUAAGUCCCUGUUGUGUUAUUUCUGCUCUCGUCAAUCUGUUGAGCAUCCUACACAGAUUAUAUUAAUGCACUAGUUGCUUGGUAUCACAUUAACGAGGACGCUGUGGGUGUCUGUAAGUCAGGGUGUCUUGGGUACCUGGGGGGCACUGGACAUGCUGCCCCUCCCCUGGCUCCUAGAGGAACCAGUUGGAACCAGUAUGGAAUGGGAGCCAAGGUGCAUUGUUAAUGCUGGACUAGAUGCUCUGCUGGUCCCCGUGUCCUGCAGCCUGUGGGUGGCUCUUGGCCCCGCAGUGUGCCCAGCGAUGCACCAUGGGCUCGGGUAGAGCUCAGCUUGGCCGCCGGCCCACGCCGCUAUCGCCCCAUCUCUUCCCGCUCAGGAGGCGUCCUGUCCUUUCGGAAGGAUGGGGGAAAUGGAAAAGGCUCCACCUCUUCCCUGGGCAAAUACAGCUCCUCUGAGUUCAUAUCCUGGAGAGCGGAAUAGCCAGGUCCCAGCAGGGAUGGUGACUUCACCUCCCGGUAACGCGUUUCCCUGGCCAGCUGGGAAAGGAGCUGUUGUAUCUCUGAAGGAGCCGCCUGGCUUUCCCCACCCAAAGCCUUUCCCAGCUGCUUCCAUCCUGGCCAUGGCUGGGGGAUGCAAUUUUGGUUCUAUGGGGAAGGGGUGUUGCUGGGGGAGCUGGGCUGGGUCGCAUCUCUUUGGGGUAGGAAGCCAGAGCAAACCCCCAGAUUAUUGCAGGGAAGGGAAGUGAGCACCAUUCAUCCCACCACACAGCUGAGAUCCUUCUGGGAGCCUGAAUCUUGGAGCAGGAGCACAAGUUUGGCUUUUGCAAGGGUUGAAUCUAGCCCCAAAGGAAUCCUGUGAUGCUGUUUCCCCCCUGCUAAACCUGGGGACAAGAGGCGAGAACUGCACCUUCUUCCCAGCUGCACGGAUGGGGAUGGGGUUUCCGACUUGGCUUUUCCUUUCAUUGUUCUAGGAGCCUUUGCUUUGAAAAAGCUGCCUGUUUUUUCCUGCUUUGCUUAUGGGGGAAGCGGUGGGGGGAAAUUGGGGGUCUGACUCAGGGUCCUGGGGUGGCUGAACUGGGGGUGAGCGAUCGAUGUCUGUGCUGCACAGGGAUGAUGUCCCCACUGCCUCCUGCUGCCAACCUCUUUAAAAAACUUAAUUGUUGGAUUUUCCCUGGGAAAAAGGCUCCAAAUUGACUCCAUGGUCUUGCUGCCAUGUUCCCAAACCCUCCUUUACCUGUCGUGUUUGUCCAGCCCAGGGAGGAGGCCAGAUGGCUUAGACCUCUCACACUCCUCUGCCUUUGCCAUCACCUGCUUUUGCCAUCAUCAUAUCUGAACAUGUUGCAGGAUGGGAGAGCUUAGAGAAGGAGAAAGCACAGAUGGGGAGAGAGGCAGAGCUGCCACAGGAGACUCAGACAAGCCAGCGGCAGAGACACUUGGUGACAGGGACACCUUGGGCUCUGUGUGGCUGUAAACCCUAAGAUUUGGGGCUCAAGUCAGGGGUAAAUGGUGGAGGCUGUUGAGGUUAGAGACAAGCAGUCUGUGUUUUGGCAAGGUGAUGCUUGCAGUGCUGGAAUGUUGUGUCCAGCCCUAUGGAUGCUGCAAGGAUCCACAGGGAGUUCAGCUCCCAGCAGGUUGCUGCACAUGUUGCCAAAACCAGGAGCAGGGUUUCUGCAGUGUCAAAGCAGGCAGGGCCCUGGCCAGGUCCCGUGUGUGUCCACCUGGGUUCGGUGAGUUUCUUAAGGGAUGAAGACACCAAUUAUUCUUAAGGAGUUGACAGAUGCUGGUGUAGGGAGAGAUAAGGGGCUCCAUGCUCUGUCGCGCUCUCUGUUUGCCCUGUGUUGAUGAGAAUCUGCUUCCCCAAUUGCAGCCUCCCCUUCCCUCCCCUUCCCUGCAAAGCCCCAGUCGGACCCACACCUCGGUGCCUGGCGUGGCAGAGGACCUGUUUGUCAGCGUUGGUGGGGAGGCUGUUUGCAGGGGUGCUGCGAAGCCUCAAACCCCAGCACGGGCCAUUUGUGGGCAGGAAAGCGCCCGUGGCACUUGGACACCCGUGGCAUUUGGACACAGGGAUGGGUGCUCGGUUGGGUAUCCCAGCUGGCAGCACCCUGGCAGCUAAACUCACCUGCCAUAAUGACAAGGCAAACAGGGGAUCCCCUGCCUGCCCAGGAGCUGGGCACAGCGCUGGGCUCAGUGUUUGGGGUGCGGGCUGGUGGCUAUGGCAGGCAGCCGGGGUCAGGAGCCCUUGGCUUUCACCCAAUCUCUGUCCCAAGCUUGCUGGGCAACUUUGGUUGAGUUUCUUAAUGUCUCUGUGGCCAAGCUCCUUCCCUAUCGAAGCAGGUGAAUCUCUUCUGAACCUAUUGGGAAACUGAGGCUGAAGCAGCCGGUUUGCCGGGAGGAGCCGGGUGUGGGUGGCCGCAGCGGACGUGCCUGUGGAUGGAGGGGUGAUGGGGAAGGGUGAUUCCUGCAGGAGAGGGAUGGAUGUCACCUCUUUUGGUUCUUGAUUUUGGGAGAGAUAUCGAGUCUCUCUUGAGCCCUGACAUGAACCCACUGAAUCCGUAGGCAGGUCCACCCCAUGCUGUCGGUGCAGGUCACGGACAGGCAGGGCAGAUCGGGUGAAGCUGCUACCUCCUUCCACCUCCAACAAGCUGCUACCACCAUCGGAGAGGGCUGGUGCUCUGCUGAAUCACAGCUGAUUACCUCCUCUAGCUGUUUUAUUGGCUUAAUGGUGAGAGUCCCCAGGUGGAUUUUAUUUUCCAGACAGGGUAUGUGCAUAUAUUUUCUGUGUGCAGAGCACAUGGCCCUUCUCCUGCUGCCUGUACCAGCAGGGUGGUGUUCCUGUAGUGCCCAGAUAGAGCAUCCAUGUGUGUGGGGUACCCAUGGCCAGCAGAGCAGGGAUGCUCAAGGCUGGUAGUACAGGGAUGCUUGUGGCUGAGAUGCUCAGAGAUGCUGGUUGUGCAGGGAUGCUCAGGCUGGGUGUUGAGGGAUGCUCAUGCCUGGCAGUACAGGGAUGUUUGUGGUACAGGGAUGCUCAGACCUGCCGUGCAGGGAGGCUCAUGGCGUGGGGAUGUGAUUUCUCAGGGUGAGGGGAAGGGAUGAGGGUCUGUCACACAGGACCAGCAGGAAGGUGUAUUUUUUCAAGGCAUCUCUGGCAAUGAGGUGGGUGUCCAGUUCUAGAUGUGUCUCACAGUGGAGGAGCUUUGCUGUGGCCACACCAGGUAGACAAAACUGGGCGAGGUCACAGCGAAAGUACUGCUUUCUGGAGCCUGACUCUGUGUGACAGCCAGGGCAGGAGUCUCCAAGUGGCGCUUUGGAGGGGACACAGGAUGUUCGGGCAUUUCCUUCCCCUGCCAAACCCAGGUGAGUGUGCAUCGCUCCUUCCCAGCGAGUGGUUCAGCACUCCAGAUCGUGUUCAUCUCCCAGCCCUCGAGGGAAGCUCAAGGGUGUCCCCAUGGGGACCAUGUGUCCGGUGAAGGGCACCAGGUGACGCAGGGUGCCCAGUGUGCUGGCACAGGGGCUGCCAGCCCGGCCAGGCGAGGGCACGCCUGGCUCCACGCAGCCGGCACAGACGGUGCUGGGUGAGCGCCCCAGGGGAGUAAAUAUGGGUUCGUGCCGGGCCGGCUGCCAGGAGCAUGGGUGAGGCACCCGCCCUGGCCAGCUGCUCCCCGGGAGCCCCCUGCAUCCCUCAGGGAGCCCAGCCCGGCCUGGCAUCCCCACUGUCCAGUUGCAGCCCAGCACCACGGGGAAACUGAGGCACACUGGAGGGGGCUGCUUUGUCAGGGGAGCUGGUUGGAAACACGCCAUGCGGGGCUCCACCAUCCUGGUCCCCCACACCAGUGAGAGUCCCGAAGGCCAAGGACUGUCGCUUUUACCCUGGCUGGAGCCUGAACAUGCCACGGAUGAAGGUCUCGUUCCCGUCUGGCGAGCACACGGCCGCGCUGCCUCUGCCCCGGCCAGCGGAGCAGGCGGGCCCGACAUUUGUAAGCAAUUUUCCGGAGUGCUCCGGAGGUGCUUCCCGCCUGCCGCUUGGCAGCCUGACGCCGCACAGAAGCUCGCCGGCUCCCUCGAGGCCUCGCUCAGCCCGGCCCUGCGCUGCGAGCCCCGUCCUGCCCGGGCAGGCGCCGGCGAACGCGCUGCGGGGGGCAGAGCGGGGUGGGGACCAGCAGGACCCCUCGGAGGGGCUGUGUUGGGGAGCAGGGCUGAGCAAGGGGGGGCUUGUGGCCAGAGUUAACCCUUAGUGUGCAUUAAACCAAGUUUUCGCCUGGAAAUCUUCACUUUGAGACUCCUCGUGUUUCAGCUCCAGGUCCAUGUUUUUCUGGGAUGUGAGUGUGCUCCCGGCGGGGAGCGGGGAUCAGCACACGGGUGCUCCUGCCCUGGUGCAAACCCACAGGAGGUGACGAUGUGGCUGGGAAGGGUCCGGCCACCCCAUCCCAGUGCCAUGGCAAAGGGGUCCCGGCUGCCUGUCCCGCCUCCAUUUUCCCCUCCAUCCCUCUGCCCUUCUCUUCGCUCAUGCUGUUGCGCUCAGUGUGCCAGGGUGUGUGGCCCAUUUCCGACCCACGCUUUGCCUUCCAGCCUGGCCACAAACCCUCCAGCUCUCCAAGCAGCGAUUUGCCCAGCUACAAGCCAGGGAUGAAUUCUUUCCCUUCUUGCCAGAGGUGGAUGCGAGCGUUAUUGCCUUCACAUUUGGGAAGAGCCCUAAAGGGAAUGAUGCUGCUCCCAGCUCCACUUUUUGGGACCUGCUGCUUUCCCAGCUGCCCACACCAUGUCUGCAUGGUCUGGCCCCAUGACCCGACCUUGCUGGGUUGCUGGAGUGGGGAACUAAUUUGAGGAAUGUUGCUUGGGAGAGGAGCAAAGACAAAGGCGUUUUGCCGUGCAGAUGCUGACAGCUGCCUCCUGGGGCCGGGGAGCGGGCAGGGACACCCGACGUGUCCUGGGACACCCACUGCAUCCCAGUCCUGCUUACUGGACCCCACUGGCCAGCCUGGGUGAGCUCUCCCUCCUCAAACAUUAGGCAUUGCUCAGCUCCAGGAGCAGCCCUCGGGGGCGGUGGGAUGUUUCUGACUCUUUGCUUUUGCUCAGUGGGCAUCUCCAUCCAGCCCUUCUCUUCCUGGCAUUGCCUGCCUGGCUCCCACGGUUCAGGCUCUGCCCCUCCUGCUGUGGGUGAAGACCCUUUUCUUCCUCCUCCUCCUCCUCCUCCCCACUCUUUCCCAACAGCAAAACCCUGUGGCAAUUUCCAGCUGCUACUGAUGGAAGCAACGCCACGUUGGCCUUCAGUUCCCACCACACAGAGCAUCCUUUAAAAAUACCUAUUUAUAAUCCCCCCGCUGGGGAUCACUGAGGGAGUGGGAGGUGAUGGUUUCACAGCAUUGCCUACAGCUUAGUGGAUCCCUUAGCUUAGUUUUGAUUUUAUCUUGAUUGCGUCCUCUGGAAAUCCUGCAGCAGCAAACGCUGCCCAGCCCUUCUUGCUCCCUGCUCACAGCAUCCAUCCCGAGAUGCUUGGAGGGGCAGGAUGAGGCCUCUGCCCACUGCAGCAGACCCCGUUCCUGGCUCUGCCUUGCGCCCCAAGCGCGAUCCUGGUUCUGUGAAACAGGCACCACGGGGCUUGGUGGUUAUGGUCAAUCCGGGGCUGGGAUCAGAAGUGGCCGAUUUACAAGUGAAAUGUUGUUUUUUCCUGGCUGGUGGGGCUGAGAGAAGUGGUUUGUCCUUGAUGGAGACCCCAGAUCCUGGGCUCUCAGUGACAUGGGGCUAGAAGGGAGAAGUGGGAGCUCUGCUGAGCGAUGGCUUUGGGAGCCACUUCCUUUGGGAAGGGCUUUUGGGUUGGUGGAGCUGCUUGCUGCUGCUCUGAAAACAAACAGCUCCUGGAAGAGGUAAUUAGGGGGAUCCCGUCCCGAUCUCCUGAGCCGUGGUGACCAGUCACGAGUGCUUCACCAGCAGCCACUCCAAGCCCUUUUUGCGUUGAUUAGGCUGUUUACAAAACACUGUAAAUUGCAGGAACGAACACACCGUUCCUUGGUUUCCUUUAAUUAUCCAUUUGCAUGAUGAAUGAGCUGGUCCUCUCUUCAGCUUUGCUUUCAGGCAGAGGGGCCGCACAGCAGAGCGUGGCUUUGCGUGGGAUCUGCUGUGUGCAGUGGGCUCAGACCUUGGCAGAGCAGGAGCUCUCCCUGCGCCCCGAGCCCAGCUCUCAGACUUGGAUUUUUCCAUAGGAAGCAGCACAGAAACUUUUCAAAGCAUUUAAUCCUCCCCGGCUCGGCGAUGGGGCUGCCUGGAAAGGCAGAGGAGGAGCGGCGGCAUUUCUUGCUUGCCCGCCCCCCCUCCACUGCAUACCUUCCUCUUUCUUUCCCUUUUGACUUGGCGGAUGAAUUCCAGAGAUGUUAAUCCGCUCUCAACCCCUCGGUGGAGAAUAAAACGUCCUUUCUGUGUGGGAGGAAGGAAUUCAUUCGAAUUAAUUGCGGGAAGGAGCAAGGAGCUGGGGGCGCGCGUGAGGCUGUGCCGAGGGUGGGGUGAGCAUCCUCCACCGCUCAGCAGUCCCCGAAAGGGAGGGAGGGAUGGACAAGGGGACGGGGAUAUCCGAGGUGGCACAAUCCUUCAAUUCAUGGCCGCAGGUCUCAGCCUCUGCCAUGGCUGUAAAAAUGCCAACCAUGUGGUCUGUGGGCCAGGUCUUGGCGGCAGCGAUGGGCACAGCGAGCGAGUGGGGGACGAAACAGCCCCGCUCAGCAGUUUUGGGGUGUUGCUGCCUAUAAAGAGGAGGGAAGCGCCAUCCCACUGAGCUGGGGUGACAGGAGCUGCGGAGUCUGGCCCGUCCCGGGGGCUUGAGAAGAUGGGGCAGGAGUGACGGAGAGAGGAAAGGGUCUGAGCUGGAGCUGGGUCAGCCCGUGGAGGGUUCGUGGAGGUGACGGUGGACAGAGAGGAGAGGAAGAGGAGAGGCCGCCGGGAUGGGCCAGGCGCUGUUCUGCACGCUGGGAGAGCUCCUGGGAGCUGCCAAGCGCCUGAACGUGAACUACCAGGAUGCAGACGGGUUCUCGGCGCUGCAUCACGCAGCCCUGGGCGGCAGCCUGGACCUCAUCUCGCUGCUGCUGGAGGCCCAGGCCACCGUCGACAUCAAGGACAGCAAUGGGAUGCGUCCCCUGCACUACGCGGCCUGGCAGGGACGUGUGGAGCCGGUGCGGGUGCUGCUGCGCGCUGCCGCCUCCGUCAACAUGGCCUCGCUGGACGGGCAGAUCCCGCUGCACCUCUCGGCUCAGUAUGGCCACUACGAGGUGUCGGAGAUGCUGCUCCAGCACCAGUCCAACCCCUGCCUCAUCAACAAGGCGAAGAAAACCCCCCUGGACCUGGCCUGUGAGUUCGGGCGGCUGAAGGUGGCCCAGCUGCUGCUCAACAGCCAUCUGUGCGUCGCCCUCCUGGAGGGACAGUCCAAGGAUGCGACUGACCCCAACUACACCACCCCGCUGCACCUGGCAGCCAAGAACGGGCACAAGGAGAUCAUCAGGCAGCUGCUCAAGGCCGGGAUUGAGAUCAACAAGCAGACAAAGACAGGCACGGCCCUGCACGAGGCCGCGCUCUACGGCAAAACUGAGGUGGUGCGGUUGUUGCUGGAGGGUGGCGUCGACGUGAACAUCAGGAACACCUACAACCAGACAGCGUUGGACAUCGUGAACCAGUUCACCACCUCGCAUGCCAGCAAGGACAUCAAGCAGCUGCUGAGAGAGGCAUCAGGAAUCCUGAAGGUCCGAGCUUUGAAGGAUUUUUGGAACCUACAUGAUCCAACUGCUCUCAACGUCCGGGCAGGAGACGUCAUCACGGUCCUGGAGCAGCACCCGGACGGGCGGUGGAAGGGACACAUCCACGAUGCUCAGAAAGGCACUGAUCGGGUUGGGUACUUUCCCCCCUCCAUCGCCGAAGUCAUCAGCAAGCGAACAGGCAUGGUUGUCCCCCGCGUGGCACCCGCGCACCAGCGCCAGGGUUCCCCCGUCGGGCCGCAGCUCCUCCCCGAUGAGUGUCCUCACCAGGCAGCCCCGAGCGUCCCAGCGCCCUAUGGCCACCUCACCCUAACCCGGACGGCCCCGGGCCCUGACAGCUCAGCAGCAGGAGACAGGAACAGCGUGGGCAGCGAAGGCAGCAUCGGCAGCAUCCGCAGCGCUGGCAGCGGCCAGAGCACUGAGGGCACUAACGGGCAGAGCACCAGCAUCCUCAUCGAGAACGUCAGGCCGCUGCCUUCCACCGGUGACGACCUCCAGCAACACCUUUUGGGAUCGGAGUUGCGCAAUGGGCAGUUGACCUCCACGGCAGGACCACAGGGCCACCAGACCCCCGGCAGCUGCCCCCCUGGAGACAGGGUCUUCUCCCACCAGUUCUUGCGGCCUGAGCAGCUCCUAGAGGGGAAGGACGCAGAAGCAAUUUACAACUGGCUGAGCGAGUUCCAGCUGGAGUCGUACACUGCCAACUUCCUCAAUGCCGGCUACGAUGUCCCCACCAUCAGCCGCAUGACCCCGGAGGAUCUGACGGCCAUCGGCGUGACCAAGCCAGGCCACAGGAAAAAGAUCUCCACCGAGAUCGGGCAGCUCAGCAUCGCCGAGUGGCUGCCCAACUACAUCCCGGCUGACCUGAUGGACUGGCUCAGUGCCAUUGGGUUGCCCCAGUACCACAAAAAGCUGGUGAACAAUGGCUACGACUCCAUCACCAUCGUGACGGACCUGACGUGGGAGGAUCUGCAAGAGAUCGGCAUCAACAAGCUGGGUCACCAGAAGAAGAUCAUGUUGGCUGUCAAGAAGCUCAGGGACCUCCGCAAAAGCCUCAACCAAGCCGAAGCAACUCUGGCAAGACGCAAAGUCCCUGGUGCCCUGGACAUUGUCACCAUCGAGUCUCUGGAGAACGGGGAGUGCCAGUCCCCACACACCCCCAAAAUGACAACCUUCCAGGACAGCGAGCUCAGCUACGAGCUCCAGACGGCCAUGUCCAACAGCUGCCACGAGACACUUGGCAUCAAGAGCAGCCAGGGGAUGUCACGGAGCCAGGAGAGCAUCGGGGUGCGGUCCCGGGGCUCAGGGCACUCACAGGACAACGUGCUGUCCCGGCGCCUCUCCAGCCCCUCGCAGGAGAGCCUGGGCAGCGGGGAGAGCAGCAGCAGCAGCGGCCAGUCCUGCGCGCCGCCCCGCAGCAAGGAGAGCCCGGCCAGCCUGCCGGCACGGCCCAGCCCUGAGCCCUAUGGGAAACUGGUCUCCCCUGAGGGGCUGAAUGGCUUGAAUGGCUACACCAACGGUGGGAGCAGCCCUCUCAAGGAGAGGAACCUGCCCGAGGGCACGGAUCAGCACACCCGGCCGGUGGCUCAGAAAAGUGCCGGGACACCAACGGUCACCCCCUGUACCUCUCCCCAGACCCCCAGCAAGGCGACGGCCCCAUACGUCUUCAUGUACCCACACGUCUCCUUGAAAUCACCUACAGCCCCAGCCCACCUGGGAGCGGAGCAGCCCAAGACCCUGGCGCAUCCCUAUCCCUCCGUCUCCCCCAGGCAGAAGAGCAGCCUGCAGACAUCGGCCCAAAAAGCCUUCUCCUACCUGCACAGCCAGUGCGGCCCCGCAGAGCCGCCCACCGUACCGCAGCCCACGGCCGGGGAGCAGCACAACGGGGGCGAAGGCUUCAAGUACAAGAAGCGAUCGCACAGCCUGAACCGCUAUGCGCUGUCGGACGGGGAGCACGAGGAGGAGGAGGGGGCGCCCACCAGCACCCUGGGCUCCUACGCCACCCUGACGCGGCGGCCGGGCCGCAGCCAGAUGCCACGGGCCUGUCUGCAGACGGACACCAAGGUGACCCGCAGCCAGUCCUUCGCCAUCCGUGCCAAGCGCAAGGGCCCUCCGCCACCGCCGCCCAAGCGCCUCAGCUCCGUGUCCAGCGCCCUCGCCGCCGAGGCGGAUGGCGAUCAGCCCCCCGACCCCCGGCAGCAGCCCGCAGCCCCCCAGGACGUGGCUGACGGGGGUGCUGGCCCUGGUGAUGCUGGUUGUGUCAGGACAGUGAAGAGCCUGGCAGCUGCUCUGGACGGGACAUCAGGGGCAAGUCCACCCAAGCCCCUCCUGGCCCCAAAACCGCUGCACGUGGCUCAGGACCGACUCUCCAGGGCAGACGUGGACGAUGAGUCUGACAAAGGCUAUGAUGCCAGCAGCACCGCGCUUUCUGACACCAGCAGGGACCCCUUUGAGAGCAGCAAGCCACGGAGACGGACACUCAGCGAGCCCAGUGCUCCCAUGACGGAGGCUGCGCAGGAUGGGCGGGAGGACGCCUGCUCGGACACGGAGGAGGAGGCCAAACCAGGGGUCUCCUCCUCAUCCUCCCAGAACAGCUCCAGCGAGUGCAUCCCCUUUGCAGAAGAAGGCAACUUAACCAUUAAACAGCGGCCAAAGCCCGCUGGGCACCCCAAGGCUGACGUGGCUGCGAUGGACACAGAGCCUGGUUCCCAGCCGGCAGAGCCCCCCUGCUCUGCAGGGAAGGAGCCAGCGGUGCCCGCUGCUGCCAAGGAGCCGCCUGUGCUGGAGUUCAACCUCACCGAGUCGGACACGGUGAAGCGCCGGCCCCGCUUCAAGGAGCGGGAGCCGCUGCAGGCGGUGCUGAAGGCGUUCAGCAUGGCGGGGCAGGCCGAGGCGGGGGCCAGCCCCGCGCCCCAGUACGCACAGGCACAAGCGGUGAGCAUCGUGGGCCCCGCCGUGCCGACACCGGUGCCACGGGCCGGGCUGGCCGGGGAUGCGUUUGACGAUGACAGCAUGGAGUUCAGGAUUGCCGAGAUAGAGAAAAGCAUCUUGUCGCUGGAGAAGGGGAUCAAGAAGGCACCAAGCCCCACCAAAGCCCCCAGCCCUGUGGAGCUGCUCAGCACCACUGUGGUGAGGACACCUGCGCCAGGUACGGGGGCUUUUGGGGGUGUCCCCAAGGCAGUGGUGGAGCCUGAGUCUCCCUCCUGCCCGGCUGGGCCGGUACGGGAGGUGAGGAGGACGUGUGCCACCACGUGCCACGAGUCCCCUUCCUUCACAGACGUCCCCGCCAAGCACACCUCUGUGGCAUCCACCAAGCUUGUCUUCUCCGGGCCCAAGACAAUCUACCAGCAGGUCCUGCAGCCCUCCCGCCACACCGUUGCUCCCUGGGUGGCCACUGAGGCGGUGCCAGAUGUGAUCGGGUCCCUGGCCGGUCCCAGCUCGCUGACGCUGGAGACGGGCAGCAAAGCGUCGGCGAAGCCUUUGGCAGCUGCCCCGGGGGCCGCGCUGGCCCAGCAGCGGCUGGAACAGACCAACUCCACCCUGGCUGCCGCGCUGCAGGCAGCCGAGAAGAAGAUCACAACGGAGGAGGCAGAGAGCCACCCCAGGGCCGUGCACUCAGCCAAGAACAUCCUGGAAGACAUCAGCAACAUGUUCGAUGACCUGGCCGACCAGCUGGACGCGAUGCUGGACUGAGACUUGCUCCCUCCUUCCCCUCCUCACCUCCGGCUGCUGCGCCAGUGCCCUCCAGACGGGGGGAGAGCGGACCCGGCACCGAGUGGUGCCUUCGGGUCUCCCCGGCCACCUCCAUCCCAGCACUCUGCGCCACGCUGGGAAUGCAGCCGCCCCUCUGCCCACCCAGCUCUGUGCCACACGUGCCGGCGCGGCCGCGGGCCGGUUUCCGAGGGGGUCAGGCCUUUCCCACCAGACUGGCAGCAGGAGGAGAGCACAGAGGGGCUGCACACGCGGUCCUGGGGGCCUCGGAGAAGCCCUCACAUCCUUGCACAGAGCCAAGGAGCCUCCACAAGGGACCUUUCUCCUUCCACGCUGCAUUGCUGAGUCUUGCCUCUCAUUAUUUAUCCCCUGCCAACAAUGUGUCAAAAGAGAGACCUCCCCAGGCAGCCGCCACCGAGCUGGCUAUUUACUGAGCAGAUCCCAACCCCAGCAAGGCCUGACAGCAGCUAAAAGAAGACAGGGCUUGUCGCAAUUUGGCAGCUUGCAGAGCGAGAAGGAACCUUCCUGCUUUAUUUGUUGCUUUUCCAAAUGCGUCAGCGUCAGGGCGGCGUGUAAUCUAAGUGGAUGGAAAUCCCUCCGGUGGGACCCGCGAACCCCUCGAGACGGGGCUGGCACAGCCUGCGGAGCAGCGGACGCUCUGCCGGACACGGAGAUCUCCCUGCCCCUUCCUGGGGCCGUGAGGAUGGUGACGGCAGUGCCGAAGGCCCGUGCGUUUGUGCCAGUCCGCCUGGAUCGUGCUGCUAAAUGCAGGCUGCCCUCUGCCGACACCGUGCCGACGCAAACCUCCGCCCCGCUGCUGCCAGGGUGAGGUAGCAGCAUGGUUAGCGCUUCCCCGACACCCCAUCCCUUUUUUUGGGGAGAAAACGGUCCGUUUUCCCAGUCGUGCUCCCUGCGGGGAGCUGCUGGCACAAACUCCGCCGUGAGGGUUGUUGAACAGUAGCGGCGUUUGGGAAUCUGUGAGAUGUUUCUGUGCAGCCCCGCGGGAGCGGUGACCCCGCGCGCACCGGGGAGUUCAGCUCGGCAGCGGCUCCCGCGCGGUCGCAGCCCCGUGGCCGGGGAACGGCAGCGAUGGCUCGUCUCAUCCAAGCGGUAGGAACGGCUGCAUAGCUCCAAGACAGAUGUCUCUAGCAGGAUCUGUUCAGUAGUGCAUGUCUAAAUAUGUCUAAGAGCCCCGAACUUGGCUUGCGCUCGGCAUGCCAAGCACAUGAAAGCAUCGGAGCACCAGAAGGGAACCUAAGAUUGUGCUGAAGUGCCAUUUGCUACAAAAAUUCCAAACAAAUGGAAAAAAAAAAAUCCACGUAUUCCCCCCUUUUAAAAGAAUCGCCAAUGCAAACUGGAGAGGGAGAAGGUGGCCGAAGAGGUGGUUGUUUCCCAGCCUUUUUGGGAGUUUGCGAUGGGAUCAGCUCUGCAGCCCCUCGUCCCCACGGGGAGCAGCCCCUGUGAGCUCUGGGGCUGAAAUACAUUGAAAAACCCUGAAAAAAAGAAAUCAUAUCAUUGGUGGGGACUUGAGGUCAGUUUGAGGUGGUUAAGACCCUUCUCUCCCAGGUAGUUGGUUGCUCUGAUUUAUCUGUCACAUUGAGUGUAUUUAAGUGACCGUGUCUGACAGGCAAGUGCUACGUCGUGGACCCGAUUGUUUUUAAAUAGCUACAACCAGUGGCACUUUAUCAAAAGGUUUGCAGAAACCUUUUAAAACUGAUUUUUUUACUCUCAUGAGUCAACCUGGGACAAGCCCGAUUAUUUUUUUCCAGUGUUGAUAAACUGUAAAUGUUUUUGUUUUUUUUAAAACGCCAAUGUAUAUAUUUUAAAUGUGAUUUAUUAUAUAUAUAUUUACUAACCAGAACUGCAAGUCUUGUACUCUAGGGUCAGGGAAGAGGACACUGGGGUGGAGCUGUCGCUGUCUGAGCCACCUGAGGGCAGCACCACGCUGCUCUCGUUGUCAAUAAGGGAACUUAACAUUUGAUUUUGCAGAAGAAUGACUAUUUUUUAAGGUCUAGAUCUCUAUUUUGAAGCUACUGUACGGAGUGUAAGUUAUGUACACUGCAAGUGGGACUAACUGACCCCGGCUGCACCUGCUCCAUGCAGCAAGACAGUGAGGGGAAAAAAUAGCCCGUGUAAUCACCAGACUGACAACAGAUUUUAAACCAUCUGCUCUGUUUGUGUUAAUCAUGUGUUUUGUUUUCCACUAACAUCCAUUAAGACUAAAUUCUAUUAAACAGUGGGGCAUAUUUUACCCUUUUGAUA